UCUUAAGGUCUUUGACCAACAUGUACCCAGAUGCAUUAGGACGACACAUGUCUUAAAAUUAUUUCUAUUUUAUUCCUUGCGAUGCGUUGUCGCUUCUCUCGGGUGGAUGAGUAAUCGUUGAGUGUGUGUGUGUGACCUACCUGGAAGUGCUGGAUGGUUGGAUCCCGCGAGUGACACUUGAAACGAAUAACUUCAUUCCUUCCUUGACUGCGAGAUGGUGGUUUGGCGCCAAGUCGACUUUUACGGGUUUCCCCUCAGCUCCCCACCUUAGUCCUUCAUUGUCCAACGCUUAGUAGAAAGUACCCGGGCCUGUGAACAGUAACCUAGAGUUGUGCAAGUCUGUCCCCUCAUUGGGUGUCUUCAUCUUUCAGUUUUAUGGAUAGAUAUACACUUUUACAAAGAACGGAAGAAGACUCCGAUUCUGCCAAUGAUGACAAAGAAGAUGAGAGCGACGAAGAGAAGGACGAUGUAGAAGAAACGGAAAAAGACUCCGAUUCUGACGAUGGUGAAAAAGAAUAUGACAGCGACGAAGAGAAGGACGAUGGAGGAGAAACGGAAAAAAACUCCGAUUCUGACGAUGAUGAAAACGAAGAUGACAGCGACGAAGAAAAGGACGAUGCAGAAGAAUUUUCUUCCAAGAACCGAUUUGAAAAAAGAGACAAAACUUCCGACAUCAUCCUUGUGGUAGAGGGACGGAAACUUCACGUCAGUAAAUCUCUUCUGAUGAUUCACUCACCUGUGUUCCAUACGAUGUUUACAGGUGACUUCAAGGAACAAAAUUUAAAAGAGAUCCCACUGGAAACAAAGAAAUAUGCUACCAUGGUAAAUCUCUUGGAGCAAAUUUACCCUGGGCAAGGAUUUGAGUUGAUGACAGACAACACCCUUGAAGACCUCCUUGAGCUGGCAGAUGAAUAUCAAGUAGAACAUGUGUUUACAAACUGUAAGAUAUACAUUGACAAACAGGUGGAGGAUGUAAGUAAUGUACCCACCACUGACAAAACUCUAUUGUAUCUCAAGAUAGUGGAACAGUAUGACAAGUACGAGCAGCUACAUUCACUGAGAGAGCAACUGGUCAGGCGUGCAAGUCGCAGACCAGUCAGUAGACUACAGAAGAGUAGACACUACUCUUCUCUGCCUCCUACAGUUCUGAAAGAUGUUUUCUUGCGUCGUCUUCAGAAGCUGGAAAAAAGAUCGUGAAAUUGUAAAAAAUAUCAAAGAGAUGUACAGAUGAAACCAGAGUUUAUUUUCCCCUUAUUAGUGUUUAUAUUUAAGUUUCUUACACUGUAUAACUUUUUCAACACAUUCAACUAUAAUCACUGUAUUUCUAUCUGAUUUUCUUAUAGGCUCUCUUUUUGCAUGUUUUUAUUAUAAAUAUUGUUGAUAAUAAUGAAUUAUUUUCAAAAAAAAAUUUUAAUCUAUUUCUUGUAAUUUCUUAGCUUUACUUGUUCGUGAAAGUGCACAGGUAUAUAGCGCUAACCUAACCAUGCUUAUGAAUAAAUUUGAACAGUCUGUUUUCGUCAAGCAGUGUUCUGCACUGAGUCUUAUGUUGCUGUUAAUACUAUGUUAAGUCAAUCUUCAGGCGCACAACCCACUCCAGCAUUAAGAGAUAUGCCAUGAUCACUUUAACACUCAGUCUGUCAUUCACCAGGAAGUCACAAAAAUCUAAACUCCCCUCACAGCUCUUUACUUUUUGUUUAACUAAACACAGCUGACUGUAAUGCACCUCUUAA